AGCAAUAGUUAUAGGCGGCUGUGUUGUUCUCCCUCCCCUCUCCUUCCAUCCACGGGAAAUGGCCUCCUCCCUCUCUCGCAGAUUAACCUCGAAGCUCCUCCUCCCAAACCCUAAAAACCGUAAUCUCACCUCCUUUACUGCACUCUUCCCGCCCAACUCUCCUCUUAGAACUCUCUCCAAACCAAUCCCUAUUCCCUCCGAUCUCACUCUCCUCUCCUCGGAUUCUCCCAACCCUAAUCCAAGCUUCCUCCAAUCCUACCCCAUUUCCCCCAAAAUCCCCAAUCUUGCGCUCACUAAACCCGACUCCUUAGUGGUUUCCAUAAACACUAGCAUUUAUUUGCUCAAAUCGCACUCAGAUCUCUCCAAAAUCGGAACUUUCGAACAAUCCAGCAGCCCCAAUCGCAGACCGACCACCAGGAAUUUCUCGUCGAUCUCGCCGCAGAGCUCCUCCGAUGCCGGAAAGCCUCACCAAUCCCCAGAAUUCCAGCACCAGGAGAUCACCGGUCCCACGGUGGAGCGCGACGACUCCGACCUUGCGAACGAGACACGCCAGGUGCUCGACUCCCUGAGGAAGUCCAUCUACGACCUCAGCACCACCCUCGCCCUCCUGGGCGUCGCCCACCUCGGCCUCGGGGCUUGGAUCGCCUACGCGGUGCGGCCCCCCGAAGAGGUCUCGAUCCAGGGACUCAUGGCCUUCGCCUUCCCAUUCUCGCUGGCUUUCCUCAUGCGCCGGAGUCUCAAGCCGAUCACUUUCUUCCGGAGGAUGGAGGAGCAAGGCCGGCUUCGGAUCCUCACCCUCGCUCUCCAAGCAUCGAAGAGCUUGAACCUCCUGUUCCUGAGGGUUCGCGUGGUCUCGACUUGUUGCAUUCUGGGCAUUUCAGCCGGGUGUUUGGUCACCAUCUGGUUACGGUGAUAUUAAUUUGUUGUGAAAUGUUCAUCAUCUUGCUUCUGGUUUUGUUUUUCUGAAUUCUGGCGUUCUAAAACAUGUUUCAGAGCUCAUAGAUCUUUUGCGGUAUAGAAUAAUGCGAUUUCUGAGUUGAAAUUUUGAUAAUGUCUUUUUACAGUUAAGAAACUCUGUAUGUGUAGCGAUUUGCUGAUAUUUUUCAGCAUCUUCUUCAUGUCUUUGGUUGCAUCAUAUUGCUUUCAGU